AUGGCUGGGAACAAAGCCAAGAAAAAUCAAAACUUUUCACAGAUUCUUGAGAAGAUUGAAGCAGAAGGACACUUCUUUCAGUGGCAACAAAAGUUUAUAUCGGGCAUGUACUACUCAAUGUACAAACAUGUGGAGAAACUAGCACAAGAGAUUAGGAAAGGUGCUGCUCCUGGUGAUGGUGUCAAUGCCAAACUUUGGCAGGUACCAGAGACGCUCCAAGAAGAUGUGCUCUCUAAAAUGAGUUCACCUCUAAAGAGUGAUGCUCAUCUUAUCACCCCCAACGACCUAGCCGAGGCUGAUGAGUUUGUAUUUUGCUUCUCAAAAAGGUUCGGUAUGAUGGCUGCUCAGUUCAAGGCAUUCUUAGAUGAAACUGGUGGCCUCUGGAGGACUCAACAACUUGCUGGUAAGCCAGCCAGAAUCUUCUACAGCACCGAGUCUCAAGGUGGUGGUCAAGAAACCAUGGUGUAA